AUGGACCAGGGAGAGCAUGGCGGGCGCAAGCCAACACCCUCAUACGUCCCACCGCUGGGUUACGAUGAAGCACUCCUGCUUGCUUCAGCCGAGCCGAAUGCGUACGACUGGGAUCCGGAAGGCAACAGGACAACAUCUCCCGAAGACCGUCGCCAAGCGAACCGGGGAAACAAAUCGAACGAGCUCAAAUCGAAUACUACUUUCGGAACACGCGAAAGUGAGUACGAAUUAGUCAAGACUGCGAGCAACGACAAGAAAAAGCGCGCAACCGCCAAGAGACGACGACCAAUAUUCUCUAUUCUCAAGGGAUGGUGGCAAGAGAUCGUGUGGUCCGUCAUUAGUCUCAUUUGUGUGAUAGUAUUGGUCGUGUUGCUGAACGCGUACGACGGCAAGCCCUUGCCGAAUUGGCCGUCCGGACUCACACUCAACACGGUGAUUGCGUUCAUAUCGACAGUAUGUCGCACGGCAUUCAUUCUUCCUGUCAUGGAAAGCUUGUCGCAAUACAAGUGGAACUGGUACAAAAAGUCACCACGACCUUUGGCAGACUUCCGUGUCUUUGAUGAGGCAAGUCGAGGACCAUGGGGUAGCUUGAAGUUGCUGGUCACCACCAAGGGGAGAGUUGUUGGUAUCCUGUCAGCCAUAAUUCUGGUGUCUGGAAUUGCGACUUCGACUUUGACUCAGUCUGUCGUUACCUAUCCAACAUUGCAACGAGCUCUUCCAGGAAACGACACUGCCCUUACGCUCAGAAACGACGGGUAUUAUUGGGCAACUGCAAGCCAAAACUCAGUCCGUGAUAUUAUGUUUCCCAUCAACCAGGCCGUCCCAAGAGCACUCAACACCCCUCCAGAUGAGCUCAUGGCAUACCAUCAGGCAAGCUGUCAAACCAACAACUGCACGUGGCCGCUUUUCAGCUCACUCGCCGUGUGCGUUGACAUGAAGAACGUCACAAAUCUGCUGGCAACCGAUGGCGACCCUGUCAAAGGCGGCACAAACGCCACGCUUCCCAACGGUGUUACUAUGCAGAGGAGUGCUUACGGUUACCACAACAUGAAUAUUUCCACAGGCUCAAGCCUCUCAUACAACGACACCGAUAUCAUGAAAGCAAAGCUGUUCAACUUCUUCGUCAUCUAUGGUCCCACGCCGCUGCGAGCAACAGAGAUUAUGCUGCACUGGUGCGUCAACACGUACAACGUCACGGUUCAAAACAACGUGCCCGUCACACAGCAAGUGGCAUCGUACACCCAUCCCAGCGAGGGAGAAGUGUUCGCUCAAAUAUACAAUACCACUGUUAAUGGUACCUACUUGACGUCUCCGGAUAGCCCGGGCAAGCAGUACAUCGCGAGUGGUAUGGGCCCCGACUACAUUGCUGAGAUUCUUCAGCAAACAAUGGUGGGGUACUAUAUCGAUCUGGGGCAGUAUACAUUCAACAACGGCACCGAGAUCUACGGCACCGCUUUAUCACGAGCAAGCAUUGGCAUCAAUACGCUCAACGAGUCCCAGAAGUUGGACGAUGCGUAUUUCACAACUCUGCAGAACGUCACCCAAAACGUAGCCAACGGCUUAACCAAUGCGCUGCUCAGUACAAACCAAAGCGGAAGUGCCUGGCAAGAUGAGAGAUAUGUCUCUAUUCGAUGGCCAUGGUUGACUUUGCUUGUGGCGCAAGUUGGACUCUCGAUCUUGACGCUUCUGAUCAUCAUGAUCCAGACUGCAGGACUAGACAUUGACAUUGUUAAGGGAUCGCCCCUCCCGGCGUUACUUGCAAUGCAUCCGGACGACAAAACGGCUCUGAUGAGGGAGCAUCGCGAGAUUGACGUGGAGAAGAGAGACAAAGAGCUUCAGGUGCCCUAUCUGAGGGCGCAUGGUAUUGUUGGUAACCUUGAGAGGCGCGGUGAAGAGUGGAUUCUUCGAAACGAUACGAGGUGA